AUGAGUGUAUUUGCAUCAUUGUUGAGAAGGAGUACAAGUACAUUCUCAUCGAAUGCUAUUAAUACAGGUGAUAAACCAGCACAGACACCUUUUGGUGAUGUUUGUUCAGACUCUGUUGUGGAGCCAGAACAGUUGAAGACUUUGGAGAAGAGUUUAGCCGAUGCAAAGAUCUUGUUGACAGAGUUACAAAAGAAUCUAAAGUUGUAUACAAAGAAGGGAAGCUCAUUGGCCAAGAACCACAGCCAAUGGGCAAACUCCUUCUCCAAAGACCAUGUCCGAUCCAUCCAAGUAUCAGCACAUUCUCAACAAAUCGCCCAACAACAUCAGCUCACCGAUGCCGAGAAGGAGUCACAAACUGGAAUUGAUAAGGCAUUGGAACAGUUCACAUCGUCUGGUACAAAGACGGCUGGCUUUGAGACUGACUUUAACAAUAGCGUUAAUGAAUCGUUCACAAAGCCUGUAUUGGCAUUGCUUGCCAACAUUGAGGAGAGGAAGAUAUACAAGAAGAAGUACGACAAGGCAGUUGGGGAAUACGAGACCCUAAUUGGAAAGAUCAAGAAUCAACAAACUCAAAAGAAGAUCGAUAUACUAAAGUUGUAUAAUUAUGAAAGAGAUAAGACAAAGGCCAAGGCUCACUACGAAGUGAUCAAGCUUGAAUAUAUUGAGUUCCUGAAAGAUACUUUGAAUAGAUUGCAUACGGACUUUAUUGAUAUAUUGGUGAAGCAUAAUGAUACUAUCACGUUGGAGUAUGGACAUGCUUACCAGGAGUACGCUGGCAUCAAGAACUACAUCGAUACAUUGAGGACAUGGUGUCUCUCAGAGCAAGAGUUCUACAAGCAGGAGGCGGGCGAGCGCGAGCAGCGACGCAUCCAGGACGUCGACCAGGAGCUGCACGCCAAGUUCCAACCGAUCAUCCAACUACUCAGCACGCCACCCUUUUCCAUGUAUCACUACAUGUCCGAGGUGCGCAAGAAUGAGCUUUUCCCGCCCCAGGUCAUGACACCGAACGGACCGUCGUCGCCAGUGCAGGUCUCGCAGCCAAUCAACUUCAUGCCGCAGUUUGUGCGAAUCGUCGACUCAUCGUAUCAGUUGUCCGAUCUGCUGGUGCAGCAGGUCAAGGCCGACCUGCCCAACGUUGCACUCAACGCCGGUACAUUGUUUGCCAACAAUGUCAUUGCUGGUGAGCUCAUCGAUGAGAUCUCCAGACACUUGGCCACACCCUAUCUCAAGCAUAUCUUUGACACGGCGAUCACAUCAAUCAUCAACAAUCCAGAGCGAUACGAUCCACUGUCUGCCCAAGGCAUCGACGCAUUGAUCAAUGAGUUCCACAACACAAUGGAGACUGUCAUGGUGUCCGAGAAAUACCUUCCACCAGCAUUCAAGAAAGCAUCGAAUGAGAUAUACUCACAUUUCAGCAGCUCGACUGAUGAUGCACCUCUGGGAUGUUUGUUGUUUGGAAAGGUGUUUGCAGUGUCUGUGGCCAAGCCACAUAUGAACAACUUGUUCCAUGUGAUACCCUCGCAGACGGCACUCGAAUCACUGCACUUCUUCUCAACACUCUACACGACACUUGGUGCCAAUCAAACAUUCACAAAAGGUCCACAUCAGCAAUUGAACGACGCGCUGGCCAGAUGGAGAUCCAAGCUCAAGGACUUCUUUGGAUCAUUGAUGUCGAGCGAUCUGACCGAAUGGGAGUCACAGGUUCCCCAGACCUCGACCUACCAUAACGACGUGCCCACCGUCCAGAAGUUCCUCAAGCAGCAUUACCUCGGUCUCUCGCUGGCGAUGCAACAGCGUGGUGAGCGCGACCUCUCCCAUCAAUUCCUAGUGGCACUUGGACAUCUCGAAGCUGAGGAUCCAACCGUGAUGCCAACCGAGACCAAGACAAACUAG